CUUACUUCUCUGUGCGCUCAAACAAGCAACGGAAGAAGCAGAUCGAGCACUUCAGAACAAAGAAACCACAAACCUUUUGUUCCCUUUUUGUUUCCAAAUUGCACCCUCACAAAAAGGACGCUUGCAUCCGAAUCAGUGCAUCAGAAGAAUCGACAUGCCGCCCUUUGCUGCUGUGCCGCAUCACUCACCCAUGGCGCAACCCCGUCCACUACGAGGCAGGAGAAGGUACACGACAGGUGGUGAGCUCCUUUGCUCUACUUCAGAUGCCUUGGAAAAGUUCAAGAACCGCCCAAGCGACCAUUACAGAAUUGAGAACCAAUAUGGCUUCACGACUACUAGUACUAAUACAUGUUUGGAAGACGAAUCCCUCCAUUCGAUUGCCAGUGAACAGCCAGCCACACGACGCAGUGGUGGUCGGGCAGCUCCCAUGACGCGAGGCAAGAUGGAGCACAAACGAUCCAGUUCUCUGACCGAUAUGAGUCGUCGCCAUCAUCGCUUCAAAUUGAAGGAAGAAGUCCCACAGCAGUCAGGGGCGUUUGCAUCGAUUCGGGCCAAGUACCUAGAUGCUGCUAAGGUCACCAGUGAAAAGGGAAUCUUCUCGAGGGCCGAAUUGACGGAAGUGGGUCAAAUUGACGAGGAAACCAAGAAAAAGACGGCCAUUCGGAGAAAGUUGCCGCUUCGAACGAGAUCGAAAUCCUUGUCGCAGCUAGACCAGAAAAAUGGAGAGGUCGGGAAGAGAGCUAGAAAGAAAAUCCAAGAGGCUUUCCAAGAACCCAAGCGAUCCUCCGUCUCGACAGUGGAAAGUCGUAGAAAGGUGCCACAGAGAACUAGAUCCAGGUCUCUCACCAGUUGGACCAAAGGGAAAAAGCCACUAGAGUGGAAGAAAACCAUGGAGAAAGUCAAUCAGCCAACGUUUAGAAACGAAAGAACCUACGACCAAGGCAGAGGCAAAGGCCAAAACAGAGACGCCAGCCACGACUAGUAGGAAAUCAUCUGUCAAGCCUUCUGAUGCUGAAACUGAAACGGUUGACACCAGUGCGACAUCGGUACAAGGAUCCUCCGUCUCAACAGUGGAAAGUCGUAGAAAGGUGCCACAGAGAACUAGAUCCAGGUCUCUCACGCAGUUGGACCAAAGGGAAAAAGCAACUAGGAGUGGAAGAAAACCAUGGAGAAAGUCAAUCAGCCAACGUUUAGAAACGAAAAAACUACGACCAAGGCAGAGGCAAAA